CUCAGUAGCAGAUGGUUCUCCUGCUGCCGAUCGUUGAAGGUCGACGACGCUACACAGAGAAGUUGGUGGAGGUUGAUAAGACAGAAGUACUCUGGUGUUGGGAGGUAUUAUCAUAACACGCAUCAUCUCCGGGACAUGUUUGUUCUGCUCCAAGAGUUCGCAAUCUCUGCCGACAGGCAGGAUCUGUUGUACCUCGCGAUCUUCUUUCACGAUGUUGUCUAC